GACUGGUGCGCCCUCAUGCCUACCUCUUUCAAUUCACUGGAACAGAGACACAGCCUCAGAAUGCCAUAUCUGUAUAUCAUUAUUUUAGGCUACUGGAUGACGUUGAGGCGACUAGAGGCCUUCGAGAUGAGAAAGGUUGAUCUGGGAGGUACAAUGGAAAUUGAGUGCAAUAUUUCCUUCCAUCAUGACAUUACUUGGUUAAAGCUGAACGAUGGACAACCGCCUAUUGUGUUGAUGGUUACUUCGGUCACAGACGGAGAGAUAACUGUUGUUUAUCAAGACAAACAUCAUGUGAACAGUAUGGCCCGUGUUAAGAGAAGAAUUGUGGCAAUGACAAUCACAAAUAUUCAAAUCAAUGACCUGGGUCUAUACUACUGUACAAGGGUAAAGGACAAAGUGUUGACGUUUGGGACAGGAGUACAUCUAUAUGCUUUUGGAAAUAAAAUGGAACCACCAAAUUCGAGCCAAAGUUAUAACAGAUCAGUGCGCUCUGUACAUUGUGAACAAGUAGGACCUGCACUGCCCUCCACUGGUGCUCAUCUCUCUCCCUUUGGCUUGGUCUACAUGGUUGUGUCGGGCUGUGGGCUGCUUGCAAUGACUGGAGCUGUAAUUGUUGUUCACCUCCAAACCAAGAAAGAGCGAGUUCACUGAAAGUUAAGGUUCCAUAUAAUGUGCAUCAUUUAUUCAAAGUGGACAAUAUCAUACAAUACUUUAUAUUUUCUUACUGACACCUGUACUGCUAAAUCAUAAUCAUUGCUAAAAACUAUAGGCCUAAAU